GGUUCAGGGACUAUAUAAACCACAAGAACACGACUUCAUCUCAACUAGGGUUUUUCCAACACCGGCCGUCUUGGACAAGAGCAGCAGAGAAGAUGCCGUCUUUCAAGACUUUCCGGAUCAAGAAGAAGCUGGCAAAGAAGAUGAGGCAGAACAGGCCCAUUCCCCACUGGAUUCGUAUGAGAACCAACAACACCAUCAGGUACAAUGCAAAGCGCCGGCACUGGCGACGUACCAAGCUAGGUUUUUGAGGAUGCUUUCGAGCUGUCAUGGAUUUGGGGCGAGGGUAACCACACAGUUUUCCUCUUUGAUUUGUUGAACGACAUGUUGCUUAGAGUUCUAUUGUGCUUAAUUUUGUGUAAAAACCCUUGAUGUGUUGAAAAUACUGUUUGCUUGUUUUUAGUAUUGGUACUGCUCUAAUGUGUACUCUUUUAUAUAUGCUUCAAACUGUGGUUAUUUUACCCAGAGUAGCUGGGAUGAAUGAUUAAAAUCAUGAUGAUGAAA